UAUAUUAGAUAUGUGUAUAUAUUUUGUUAAAUAUAAAUGUUCUAUAGAAUAAUCAUUUUCAAAUGAAUUCUUAUUUUAAGUUCACAAAAAGCCAUUACAAGAAAUGGAAAUAGCAGCAAUUACACAUGGUGCUCUCCAGGGAUUAGCCUACUUACAUUCUCAUGCCAUGAUCCAUAGAGAUAUCAAAGCAGCAAAUAUCCUUCUGACAGAACAAGGCCAGGUGAAACUUGCUGACUUUGGAUUGGCUUCCAUGGUCUCUCCUGCCAGUUCUUUUGCGGGAACGCCGUAUUGGAUGGCCCCAGAAGUAAUUUUAGCCAAGGUUGAAGAACAACAAUAUGGUACCGAAGCAGAUGUAUGGUCUCUUGGUAUAACAUGUAUUGAACUAGGUAAGCAUUGCUCUUUAUUACUGUGUAGUAAGUUUUGAUCAAUGUUUUACCUCAAUUUCUGUACAAAAUUACAGAUUUUUAUUUUUAUGUCAGUGUUUAAGGGGAGCAAUACAUCUAUUAAAGUUGUCACUUUGGUUAUUUGGCAAUUUAUAUAUACAUAUAUUAGCUUAGGUGUAUUAGAUUUGCUGUAUUAAAUUAGGUCUAAAAUAGUUUAUAAUGUGGUAUUAAUUUUGAGGUAUCUGUGUCUAACAUUUAAUGAGUAUUUGUUAAACACCGAGAAUAUGUCUAUGGUUAUAGAUUUACCAUGUAUGAAGGGUCUCUAAAGCAUUCAUGAAUUACUUACUGCUACUUAAGAUACUUAAUACUUUGUGUUAAGGAUAAGGAUUAGAUUAUCAGGCUGCAUACCUUAUUGUACAGUUUGAUUUUAUGCACAUAUUUUAUUCUGUUGCCUUAAGUGGAACUAUGCUUAAGACAGUGGACCAUCAAAACAUUGCUAAUACUCCCCUUGUAAGGGAGCCACGGUGGGUAAUUGAACUGUCACUAUAAUUGAAGCUGAUGGCCAU